AUGGAAGGCUCAACAAUUCCCUAUAAAUUCACCAUCAUUGACACUCCAGGCUUUGGCGACACGGAGGGAUUGAGGCGAGACAAGGUUAUCACCAAUCAGAUAAAGGAAUUCUUUUCCAUAGCACCCCCAAAUGGGAUUGAUCACCUCGAUGGUGUUGGUUUCGUAACCCAAGCCUCCCUAGCCCGCCUUACUCCGACACAAGAGUACAUCUUUGACUCCGUUUUGUCUAUAUUUGGAAAUGAUGUUUCCCAAAACAUUUUCCUGAUGCUCACGUUUGCAGAUGGCCAGCACCCACCUGUACUGGAUGCCAUUAGGAAAGCAAAUAUUCCAUGUGAGAAGUAUUUCAAAUUCAACAACUCAGCGCUAUUUGCGAAAAAUGCAGAAACUGACGAGAGUUUCGAUGCAAUGUUUUGGAAGAUGGGCUUUCGUUCUUUCCAAAGCUUUUUUGCUGAGUUUACAAAAUCGGAAAGCGUAAGUCUUCGCCUUACUAAAGAGGUUUUAAAAGAAAGAGAGCAGUUGCAAACCCUCCUUGAAGGUCUGAACCCGCAAAUAACCGUGGGUCUCAACAAGAUUGAAGAGAUGCGUCAGGAGGAGCUCAUUCUGCAACAUCACGAAAUGGAGAUCGAAACUAACAAGGAGUUCACAUAUACAGUGGACAUUUCCAAACCACGUCAGAUUGACCUCAAAGGUACUGGAAGGCACACAACGACUUGUCUUCGCUGCAACUUCACAUGUCACAAAGACUGUAUGUAUGCAAAUGACAGCGAUAAGCGCUCAUGCUGCGCUAUGGGGCGAGAUGGCAACUGUACAGUCUGCACAAUGCAUUGCCUCUGGUCAGAGCACAGGAAUCUUCCUUAUCUGAUUGAGUACGAGACUGUGACCGAGACGAGGACGUCAGAUGACCUGAAGAAAAAGUAUGAAAAAGCUGUCUCAGGCAAAUCUAGAGUGGAGGGCAUGAUUGUUCAACUUGAGGAGUUUCUUCAAAGUGUGCAUUCACGCGUUAUGAGUAUGAUUUACCAAGCCCAACAAAGUCUUUUCCGCCUUGAUGAGAUUGCCCUGAAACCCAACCCACUGACAGAGGUGCAAUACCUAGAUCUACUUAUUGAGUCAGAGAAGAACGAGGCCAAACCUGGUUGGAAGCAGCGGGUAGAAUAUUACGAAGAGGCCAGACGUCAAGCUGAAAUUUUGUCCAAAGUCAAAGAUGUCCAGGCAGCUCAAAAGGAGAUUAAAGAGAAGGCUCGCAAGGGAGACAGAUGGUAUCAUAGAUUCAAGUUCUGGUGA